CCGGCGACGUCGGCAGCGUGAGGUUUCGCGCGUGAGCGGCGCGGGGCCUGGCUACCAAGCUUUCCUGGCCGGCGAGCAGGUCGUCGACGCCGGCUCCGGGAGGAGCCGGGGAAGAGGGAGGUAUCGGAGUCAGAGGCGUAGUCGACUUCGUCCCGGCCAUGGAGGAGGCGCAGCCGCUGCCGCAGCACGAGCUGCCGCUCUGCGACAGCCUCAUUAUCUGGCUGCAGACAUUCAAGACUGCCUCGCCUUGUCAAGAUGUUAAACAGCUGACUAAUGGAGUUGCCAUGGCACAAGUUCUUCAUCAAAUUGAUAUAGCUUGGUUCAAUGAAUCUUGGUUAAGCCGAAUUAAAGAGGAUGUUGGGGACAACUGGAGAAUAAAGGCUAGUAACUUAAAGAAAGUACUUCAAGGAAUUAUGAGUUACUACCAUGAGUUUUUGGGGCAGCAGAUUUCUGAAGAACUUAUUCCCGAUUUAAACCAAAUAACUGAAUGUUCGAAUUCCGUGGAGCUUGGGAGGUUGCUACAGCUUAUUUUAGGUUGUGCGGUAAACUGUGAAAAGAAGCAAGAACAUAUUAAAAAUAUAAUGACACUUGAAGAGUCUGUUCAACAUGUGGUCAUGACUGCUAUUCAAGAGUUGAUGAGUAAAGAAAUAAUGAACUCUCCUACAAAUGAUGCUAUUGGAGAAUUAGAACAACAGCUUAAAAGGGCCUUGGAAGAACUUCAGGAGGCACUAGCAGAGAAAGAAGAGCUGAAACAAAGAUGCCAAGAACUAGAUAUGCAGGUGACUGCACUUCAAGAUGAGAAGAAUUCACUGGUUUCUGAGAAUGAGAUGAUGAAUGAAAAACUUGACCAGUUGGAUGGCUCUUUUGAUGAUCCAAAUACGAUGGUUGCAAAGAAGUAUUUUCAUGCACAAUUACAACUAGAACAGUUACAGGAAGAGAACUUCAGGCUUGAAGCUGCAAAAGAUGAUUACCGUGUUCACUGUGAAGAACUUGAAAAGCAAUUAAUUGAAUUUCAGCAUAGGAAUGAUGAAUUGACUAGUCUUGCUGAAGAAACAAGAGCCCUGAAGGAUGAAAUAGAUGUUCUUAGGGCUACUUCUGAUAAAGCAAAUAAACUAGAGUCAACAGUUGAGAUAUAUCGUCAGAAACUACAAGAUCUAAAUGACCUUCGCAAGCAGGUUAAAACUUUACAGGAAACAAACAUGAUGUAUAUGCAUAAUACAGUCAGCUUGGAAGAAGAAUUAAAGAAGGCAAAUGCAGCACGCACACAAUUAGAAACGUACAAAAGGCAGAUUCAGGACCUUCACGUUAAACUUUCCUCUGAAUCCAAAAGGGCAGAUACACUAGCAUUUGAAAUGAAGCGGCUUGAAGAAAAACAUGAAGCUUUACUUAAGGAAAAAGAGAGACUGAUAGAGCAGCGUGAUACUCUGAAAGAAACAAAUGAAGAGCUUCGAUGUUCACAAGUACAACAGGAUCACCUAAAUCAAACAGAUGCAUCAGCUACAAAAAGUUUUGAGAAUCUUGCUGCUGAGAUUAUGCCAGUGGAAUAUAGGGAGGUAUUUAUUCGACUACAGCAUGAAAACAAGAUGCUUCGCUUGCAGCAGGAAGGUACUGAGAAUGAGCGUAUUGAAGAGCUACAGGAGCAGCUAGAACAGAAGCACCGCAAGAUGAAUGAGUUGGAAACAGAGCAAAGGCUGAGCAAAGAGCGCAUCCGAGAACUGCAGCAGCAAAUUGAGGACCUUCAGAAGUCUUUACAAGAACAUGGCUCCAAGACUGAAGGCGAAAGUUCCAGCAAACUAAAGCAGAAGUUGGAAGCUCAUAUGGAAAAACUAACAGAGGUCCAUGAAGAAUUACAGAAGAAACAAGAACUCAUUGAAGAUCUUCAGCCAGAUAUAAACCAAAAUGUACAAAAGAUCAGUGAACUUGAAGCUGCUCUUCAGAAGAAAGAUGAAGAUAUGAAAGCAAUGGAAGAAAGAUAUAAAAUGUACUUGGAGAAAGCCAGAAAUGUAAUAAAAACUUUAGAUCCCAAAUUAAAUCCAGCAUCAGCUGAAAUAAUGCUACUUAGAAAGCAGUUGGCAGAGAAAGAGAGAAGAAUUGAGAUUCUGGAGAGUGAAUGUAAAGUAGCAAAAUUUCGUGAUUAUGAAGAAAAGCUCAUUGUUUCUGCCUGGUAUAAUAAGAGUCUAGCAUUCCAGAAACUGGGGAUGGAAUCCAGGCUUGUGAGUGGCAGUAGUGCUUGCAAAGACACUGGUGUCUAUACUCCUGCACGAUCAUUCUUAGCACAGCAGCGGCACAUCACCAACACCCGAAGAAAUCUCUCUGUUAAAGUUCCUGCUACAACAUCUGAUUAAACUGCAAAAGAAAAUAUAAACAGAAGUGCCCUUAAAAUAUUUUAUACCUUUUAGCUUACUGCCAGAUUGAAAAAGAAGGUUAAGAUGCUUGGUAAUCAGCUAUUUUAGAAUCAAAAUGCAUCACAUUAAUUUUAUCAGCUGACACUGAAAAUAAAGUAUAGAAUUAGCUAUCUCUCUGGGAAGCACAUUUGAAUAAUUGGAAGAUGUAUUUAAGCACACUUCUCAAACAUUUGUCUUUUAAGAGUAUUAUAAUUUCAAAUUGUAUAUUUUAGUUUAAUGUUUUCAGUUGUAUUAGUAACUUGAUAAUUCAUAACAUGUAAUCAGUAAUAUGUAAUUUAAAAAUGCCUCUAUAUUUGUUUAAUGUUUUUGGUCCAUGUGAAAAUAGUCAUUGAGGUAGGCAUAUGGAAAACUAUACAAGGAUGAUUUGUUUGACUCGAUAUACCCAAGGUUUUACUACUUCUCUCUUCUGUCAUUGAAUGGGUAUGUUUUGUCACCCCAUGGAAGGUAAAUGUUUGGACAACUUCAAUAUUGAAAUGACUUUGCCAUAGUAAAAAAUGAUUGGAAAAUUCGCAGAUUGUGAAAGAAGUCAUCAUUCUCACAUGUACCAGCUAAUAAACAAGGGUUUCUGAAGAGCUUGGUUGAAAUGCUAAGGGUGGGAAGUGGACUGACAUUUGUAACAGGUGCCUUUCUGAUGGAAAGCAAGCUGAAAAAUAUUCUUUGUAUAAAAAUGGCCACAUACUUUUUAAUGUAAUUAAUGAAAAUUACAGUUAUUGCUUUAAAGCAUAAAAUUAUCUGGCUUUUGCUUUUAAAAAAAGUACAUCACAAUAUAAUAGUUUUUGUCUCUUCUGGAAAGAGGUGAAGCGGUGAUAAAACAAUGUAGCAUUAAUUUGAUUUUGUUUACUAAUUAAGGAAUUUGUCUUGGGCUGAGUUUUUGGUAUGCAGAUCAUUUUUGCCCAAAGCUCUUAUUUUUAGAAAUGUUCCUUUUUUAUUUGGGGGGGGGGGCGCAUUUUUAAAAAUCACAACUUUGGAAUAUUAGUUUUGUUAAAUUUCUGUUGUUCAUCAUGAUAGCCAUGUGGCAAUUUAAAUUAAUUAAAAUAAGAAGUUUAGUUGUUUGGUUGUACCUGCACAUCUCCAACCAAACAUGUGGCUAGUGGCUUCUGUAUUGGGCAGUUCAAAUAUAGACUACAACAAUAAAAAUAAAUGUUAGAACUAUUUCAAAUGUAACAAGGAACUGAACUGUGAUGUAACUCUCAUUUUGUGUUUGAAAUAGUUGCAUACCAUAUGUUGUGAUAACUGUAAUUAAUCUUUCCAGUGCUGUUCAACAAAUACAACAAGUACAUAUCAGCAGUAUGUCUAGACCAGAGAUUAGCAAGCUUUAUGUGAGGGGAUAGAUUUUAAAUAUUUUAGUAAAUAAUUCAGAUUUUAUGGGUUACAUGUUCUCUGUCUCAAGUACUCUAUGCUAGUGUAAAAGAAGCCAUACACAGCAUGUAAACAAAAUGGGCAUGGCAGUAGUUCAGUAAGUUUAUUUAUAGCAUCACAUAAGCCAGAUUUGGCUGGCAGGCUAUAGAUCUGUGGUCUAGGUUUUAUUCUUAGCUUUUCUUUCCAAAUAUGAGUAUUGGUCCAUCUGCAGUAUUUUCAUUGAAAUAGCUGGUUUUAAAUUCUUAGUAAUUUUUUUGAUCACUGAAAGUACAAAAAUUUUAUAUUGUGUUUGGGUCUCUGAGUUUAGGGAAUAUCUGUCUGGAUAUUUUAUUUUAUCAAGAUUACUUCUGUUGACUACCUCUUAGAUUUUGAUGUUUUUUAUCUGUGUAAUUAUAUUGUUUGCAUUUUUGUAUAUUCUUAUAGUGUCUGCUUGCCUGUGACUUUCAGUGAAAGAAAAUAAGACUUCAAAAUGUUUUAGCAUGUUAUAUUUAAACUUUUCUAAGUAUUAUUACAGCUUUUUGGUAUAUUUUGGCCAUGAAAACAUCUGCCCUUUGGUGUUUCUACUUGAUUUUAAUUGAGAUUUUACAAACUCUUCAAGCUCACUUUUAAUGGAAUAUAUUGUAAAACAUCAAUCUCAAAAGACUAGUAUAUUCCAGUUCAAUUGCUAAUAAAUUUUCAGUUAUUAUACUUGGAAUUUCUAAAUAAAUUGUGAAAUUUCUGAAUAAGGAUGUAGGCUAGAAACUUUUUUCUUAACAGAAAAAAAAACAAGUUUUCUGAUUUAGCAUUUUUAUAAUUAAUAAGUAGAAUUUAAAAUGUUUGAUAUAUAAGUAUUUAUAAACAAGACUAAUGUAAAGUUCUAUAUUGUGAUUAUUCAUACAGAAAUUCAGGAACUGAUCAGAAGUGAGAUUCUUUUUCACAUCUGGUUAAUGUAGUGAGAAUGACACCCUGUGGGUGGUAAAGCAUUAUAAAUGUUUCAUUCCAAACCAUGAUUUAUACACAUCUGUGUUGUAAGGGAGGCUUGAAUGUAUAUACUAUGAAAGAGAUAUUCAGCUUUUAUCUAUGUUAUAAGAACUGAAUGUCCCAAUGUUUAUAAAGUAAAACUACAGACCAAUUUGAAAUGAUCUUUAAUUUUGAGCAUUAGCUCAAAGAUUAAUGUUCCUUUCUCUUUUUAAUAUACACAUGACAGUGAUGUUUAUCCUGAGAUUAACCUAAUGUUUUGAGAAAUAUUUAAAGUUUAUUUUUUCAAUGAAUGAUGUUAAUAAUUUAGUAUAGAUUAAGAAUGUCUUAUGUAGACAUAUUACACCGAGUAUCCCAUAUCCACAUGUCAUCAUCUUUUGAUAAUGGGUGUGAUAAUUCAAAUGUUAGAUAAUGCUUCCACAGCCGCACCUGUUUCUGUGUAGUGACACUUCUGACUCUUUGGGGUGGGGGAGCUUUUAGACCACAGUACUCUAUGUGCAUAUUUAAUGAGAAACAUUCCUAUGUUAAAAUGUGAGUAUAUAGUUGUAUGCAAAUGUUUUUACUGUGAACCUGUACGUUGCAGAGUAGUCUGGAAAUUUAUAAAGCACAAACCAUAAAAGAAGAUAGUAUGCAGGGGAAGCUUAAAUAUAAUGUUUAGUUUUUAAAGGGCCCUUUCUAUUUUCUAUGGCAAAGACCUUGACACUUGAAAAAAUAGAAGCAAUAUUUGAUUUAUUUUUGUAAGUAUUUAGAAUGUUAUUUUAAAUAAAUGAUAUUGGGUCUUGUCCAAUAAUAUAAUUGUGAAAUGUUUUAAGUAAAUAAACUUUCUGCUUCUGUGUCUGUUAGCUUUGAUGCUUUUAGUGGCACAAAUACAUUCAGUUGCUGUUUUAAAUAAAGGACUAAAAAUGUUUAA